UGCUCGCCCCCGCGCCUCCCCUCGGCACUCGACAGCAGCAGGCAGGCAGGCACAAAUCAUUUCGGCCGCUGCGUCGCGUUGGGAGCAGGCAGGCAGGCAGGCACAAAUCAUUUCCCGACAAGCGAAAAGAAGAGGCGGGGGGAGGUAGAAAGGGUGAGGAAAGGAGCAGGGGAGAGAGCAGCCAGAGCCUCGGAGGGACGAGGGAGAAGAAGGGGGAAGCAAAUCUGGGAGGGGAACCAAGAGAUUUCUGUGGAGGAGGAGGAGGUUGCCCAAUAGACCCGUUGCUACUGUAAUUUGAUGCAUAUCUGAUUUGGUAUCAAUUGGCUUCCGUAAGAGAUGGCUUCAGCAGGUGUAGCCCCGUCUGGGUACAAGAACAGCACCAGCACCAGCAUGGGCGUUGAGAAGUUGCCCGAUCAGAUGAACGAAUUAAAGAUAAGAGAUGAUAAGGAAGUUGAAGCAACUAUUAUUAAUGGGAAAGGGACCGAAACUGGGCACAUAAUUGUGACAACUACUGGUGGCAAGAAUGGUCAACCAAAACAGACGGUUAGCUAUAUGGCUGAGCGCAUUGUAGGUCAAGGUUCUUUUGGGAUUGUCUUCCAGGCUAAAUGUUUGGAGACGGGUGAGACUGUUGCCAUAAAGAAGGUUCUUCAGGAUAAGCGUUACAAGAACCGUGAGCUGCAGACCAUGCGCCUUCUUGACCAUCCUAAUGUUAUAGCUCUGAAGCAUUGUUUCUUUUCAACAACUGAGAAGGAUGAACUAUAUCUAAACUUGGUUCUUGAGUAUGUGCCUGAGACUGUUCAUCGAGUUGUUAAGCAUUACAACAAGAUGAACCAGCGUAUGCCACUUAUUUAUGUGAAGCUGUAUAUGUACCAGAUAUGUAGGGCACUGGCUUACAUUCAUGGCAGUAUCGGCGUUUGCCACAGAGAUAUCAAGCCACAAAACCUUCUGGUGAACCCACACACUCACCAACUUAAACUAUGUGACUUCGGGAGUGCAAAAGUUCUGGUCAAGGGGGAGCCAAACAUAUCGUACAUUUGCUCCCGAUACUAUAGGGCUCCAGAGCUCAUAUUUGGUGCCACUGAGUAUACUACAGCGAUUGACAUUUGGUCUGCAGGAUGUGUUCUCGCCGAGCUCAUGUUAGGGCAGCCUUUGUUUCCUGGUGAAAGUGGUGUGGACCAACUUGUCGAAAUCAUCAAGAUCCUUGGUACUCCUACAAGGGAAGAAAUUAAAUGCAUGAACCCAAAUUACACAGAGUUCAAAUUUCCACAAAUCAAAGCACACCCCUGGCACAAGGUAUUUCACAAAAGGAUGCCCCCAGAAGCUGUUGAUCUUGUCUCAAGGCUACUCCAGUACUCCCCCAAUCUAAGAUGCACUGCUGUGGAGGCACUUGUUCACCCAUUCUUUGAUGAGCUCCGAGACCCCAAUACCCGCCUUCCAAAUGGCCGCUUUCUGCCACCCCUUUUUAACUUCAAGCCUCACGAACUGAAAGGAGUCCCAGUAGAUAUUGUUGCGAAAAUGAUCCCAGAACAUGCGAAAAAGCAGUGCCCCUAUGUUGGAUUGUGAGUUCUUGGGAACAGCCAUCACAAGUGCGCAUUUUCCCCUGGGAUGUUGGAUCGGCAGCUUGUGUGCCCUCCGUUGAAAGAUGCAAAGUUACCCUGGUCGUAUGACUGCUGUCUUGACCUGUUGUGUAGCUGAGUAGUAUGCUGUGAUGCAAACCGGCACCCCCCGCCCUACUAACUGACGCUCACCAGAGAUUGCCAUAGCUGAUCUGUAAUAUGUUUUAGAGCAGUAUGUAUUUAUGGUAGUUGGAUCUAUGUACGGAUUCUCUUCGUUUUUCCCAAGUUCCUUCGUCUCCAGACCCAUACUGCUACCUGGUCUUAUUUCUGAAAUGCUACCUGUUACCAGUA